AUGAAGUCCAUCGCCGCCCUCUCGCUCAUCGCCGCCGUGCCGGCCCUCGCCGCCACGCCCCUCGAGCGCACCGUCUUCGCCCGCCAGGACACCGUCUCGUGCAGCUCCGUCGGCGAGAAGCCCUGCGGCAGCGUCUGCAUCCCCCUCACCUUCACCUGCUGCCCGGACCAGAAGGGCGGGUGCCCCGCCAGCGCCGUCUGCCAGCUCGCCGACAACGGCGUCUACGGGUGCUGCCCCCGCGGCCGCACCUGCACCGGCGACGCGACCGCCACCACAAACACCCUCACCGUGAGCCAGACAAACACCCAGACCGAGACCAACACCGUGACUCCCACGCAGACGGAGACGGCCUCGGAGAGCCAGCCCACCGAGACACAGCCCACGGAGACCGAGACGGCGCCUCCCCAGACCGAGUCGGAGACUGCCUCUGUCACCGUCCCCGGCACCAUCACGUCUGUCCCCGUGCCGACUGGAAACGCCACGGCCCCGCCGCCGAGCUCGUCCCUGCCUCCCGUCACUGCGGGUGCUGCCACCAACGGGCUGUCGGCCAUGGGCGGUCUCCUCGCCGGUCUUGUCGCCUUCCUCUUCUGA